AGCUGCUGCUGCUGUUGUUCUUGUAACCAAGCACCUACAAUAAGAGGGAGAGAGGCGGAGAGAGGGAGGGAAGACUCUCACCAUGCACUUUCCCCUUCCCUGCAUCCUUAUUGCAACUCUUCUCUCCUAAAGCAAUGCCACCACUACUUCUCCAUUCCUCCAGCUGAUCCUACUGGAGCCCGGGGGCUUGCAUUGCAUUGGGUGAAGUUCAGGCACUUGCUUGCAGCACCGGAGAGAGAGGGAGGGGGAGGAGGUGACAGCCCUCUGGAUCGGGAUAUAUUGAGGGGGUCCUGAUGGCGUCUCGACAGCAAAAUCGGAUUCAGAUCUACCUGGACACCAAUAAGAUCGGUCCUCUCUUUGAGGAAUUAAUGACUAAGCUGAUCACUGAGACUCCGGACCAGCCAAUUCCAUUUUUAAUUAAUCAUCUCCAAUCAAAACUGGGAAAUGUUGGCCCACUUCCUAGGACAUUGUCUGGAUCAGCUGCUCUGUGGGCAGAAAGCGAAUCAGAGUAUAAAGGAAUCAGGAGAGAUUUCCGGAGCUAUGACAAACCCUGGCAAGUAAAUGCAAAGAAGCCAAAAAAGUCAAAGAGCGAUCUUGCCGUUUGCAAUAUUUCACCCCCGUCUCCUGAAUCGAAAUCUUUGCCAAGAUCUAUUGAACAUCCUAAAUGGGACUGGAGGACAAAGCCAGAAAGUCGAGAUUUUGAUGAGUUAAACCACAUCCUUCAAGAAAGCAAAAAACUUGGGAAAGCUCUUGAGAAUCUGUCACGGAGUAUUGCUGUUACAGAUGAACUGGAACAGGACACAAGAGCAUUUAACUCUUCACUUCUGAGACCCUGUGUGAUCGGAGAAUGGGUGGGAAGGGAAGACAAUGACAUUGACCCUUUAGCUUCAGAAAUGAUACAACCUCCUGUACCAAGAAAUAAAAACGAACAGCGGGAAGGGGAUGAAGGCAGCAGCAGUCCUGCUGGGAGCUUGAAGAUGGAGCCAAAGAACAAAGGUCUGAAACAGCAGCAGCAGCAACAUAAGAAGCUGUUGGCGGCUAUGCUUUCCCAGGACUCCUUCGACUCGGUACACAGUGCCCCUGCGUCUGUCACAGAGGAAGAUAUUGAUAAUGAGGAUGAUGCAAUGGAACUGCUAGAAGACCUUGAUGAUCUUCGCAUGGAAGGUGUUACCAGUCUCAUGCCAUCUGGAAGCAAAUUUAGCCAAGGUCGUAGCACUUACAGCACUGAACCUCAAGCAAAAGUCACAUUAAACAUCUGCUCAAGGUGUGCAAGAUUGCAAGGAGAAACUCUAGCUCAGGGAGAAGAGGUGGUGCCAAAGGAAUACUCCUCUUCUGUGAAAGCUGCAACAAAUGCAAGUGAAUCAUUGCCCGGAGCAGAAACAUUAAUGGAGGAUGAUGAAGAAUUUGAAAGUGCAUCUCAAGUGACAGGACCUCGUCAACCAGUCUGGGACUUGGAUGUCUUGUCUGCCAGAAGUGGGGGCUCACCGAACCAAAAACUCCUGAAAGAAGCUUUAACCGCAAAGGAACUGCAGAGCAUGGAAAAGCAUCUAGCUGAUAUUGAAAAAGACUUGGCACUGAUGGCUGAGGCAAGUAUGUCACGGAGCCCAACAAACCAUCAAGGAGCUGGCACGGUUGUGAGCGACCUUCAAGGAAGUUACCACGCUUCAAAUGUGCAAAACACAAAACCACAAGUGCCAAACCAAACAACCAAAAACUUACAGCUUCAGCUUCAAGGGAACAAGUCACCUCCUCUGAGUAACGGCAGAACUAAUGGUUCAAAUCCACCAAACAGUAGACCGCAAACUCCUAAUUCACAGUCGAGUAGACUUCAAACACCUGUGACUCCAUUGGCCAGACCAGCAACUCCAAAUAGCAUGUUGAACCGACCCCUCACUCCAAGUAAUCAGGGAAACAAAGAAGGAAUCUCUCCCGGACAUAAAAGCAGAUCUGUAACUGUUAAAAGUCAAGUGGGAUGGACUUCUACUACGUUAUCGGGAGUUCCUGUUCACGUUCCUGCAGACACUCCAGGAAUUCUUUCUCAUCGAAACAGUGUUGUAGAGGAGGAAUCUUAUGAACACCUGCAAGGUUCUCGUCAACCUUGGACUCUUCCAAGUGACACAGACAGUGAAGGUGUGGAGACAGAUAAAGAAAAACAUGUUGGACUAUCUGGAAUUACUGAACAUUGGAUGUAGGACUAAUGGAAAUUUACUAUAGGUUUGUGAUGCCACAAGACAGAUUUUGAACCUAUGAACAAUAUAUAUACUAGGACAGAAGACAAUUGUUUUUCCAUUGUCGUUUUUUGCAAUAAAUUGCAAGAAUGAUUAUUUUUUUAGUGUGUUUAAUAAUAUAAUUAAUGUCUUAAUCAUAAGUAAAACUAACUUUACUAUUUAAUAAUCUGCAGUUACGGUAAGCUUUUCUUUUACUGUAAUUGGCUGCAAUUAUGCACCUUCCAAGUUUAUCUGUUCUCUUCGACAUCAAUUUUCAAUGUUUUCUUGUAAGAACAUUCACACCUUAGUGUGUAUUCUUGAAAAUGUUCACUCUUUGAAGUAUUUAGGAUGCUGUAUAUUGUAAUUGCUUAUAGAUUUUUUUGAGGUAGGCGGGGUAUGGAGGAUAUCUUGGAAAGCUUAUGAUGAAAAGAUACAAAGAAAUGUUCAAUGCAUGAUGCACUUAUAUGACUUGUAAUAAAACUUACAGGUAUUAGCCCUUAGAGGAGUGAGUGAAUAAGGCUUAUCUAGUACAUUGUUUUUCCACUGAUAAUAGUCAUGAAUGAUGUCAUAUCUAAAAUAUCUUGAUAUAUGAUAUAUGAUCGCCAGUGCUAGGUUCACUGCAUGUUUGGCUAUAUAGUUGACAGUAAAUGUGCUUCACUGACAGCAUAUUAGACUAUGCGUCAAAGCAUGUGUACAUUGGUGAACUGGAGGCAAUAGAUAGGCCCCUAGCCGCUCUGGCAACCCAACAGAGCUCCUAAAGCCCCCGUCCUGUAUCUAACCCAUUAGAUGCAACAGUCUGCAUUGCCUGUUGCAUCUAGGGGUUUUAGGAACUUACUACAUACUAUAUUCCAUUGCACAUAAUUUAUUACAGUUUGACCGGUUUUAUCAGCCUGUUGAUACAUUUAACACAUAUUUAGACUGUCUAGUUGCCAUUUAGACCGCCUAUUGGUUAGUUUUACACUCCUUGUUGAGAUAGGAAAAAAGCCUCAUGUCUCAGAAACCUGGCACAUGGCAAAUGUCUCAGAAACCUGGCACAUGUACAGUAGUUAAAGGGGUAUUCCGGCCCUAAGACAUCUUAUCCUCUAUCCAAAGGAUAGGGGAUAAGAUGUCUGAUCGCGGGGGUCCUGCCGCUGGCUAUCUCGCAUGCAGUACCCACCUCUGGGAGGGUUAAUGAAUACAUUAUCUACAUUACAUUAAUACAUUACCUAUUAAAUGAAUACAUUAUCUAUUAAAUCUGUGUCUAUGCUGGAGAUUUGGAGCUCUGUACUAGAUGUAUGUUAAGAAAUGAACUGGCAAAAAUUGCCGGAUCAAGACCUUAAAGCAUGUAUUUUAAGUUUUUUUUUUAUUGUAAUAUCAUUUUAUUGUAAUAUCAUUUUUUGACAGUAUACAUUUAUCUUUUGUUUAUACUGUUAACUGUAUAGCCAAACAUAAUGUGAACCUGUCCUAAUGUUUUCUGUGCACAUCCUAUUGAUCUGUGUUCGCAUAGCAGGGGCAAGGGGUGACGUCACACGGGGGCGGAGUUGUGACGUCACCAUACUCCAUCCCCGUGGUCGCCACCCAGCUGUUUGUGAGCUGGCACCGCGGCGAGACAUCUUAUCCCCUAUCCUUUGGAUAAGAUGUUUCAGGGCCGGAGUACCCCUUUAAUUAAUUUUACUAAAUAUCUACUUUUUCAAUAAAGAUUAUACACAUUUUGCAUUACUUUGUCUCAAUGUCUCAGUGGAAUGGAGUAAGAACCUUUAUUAGUCCUGAGACUUUAGAGAGAUAUCAGUGGUCAGUUUUGUGUCUUCUUAAUGUUGCAGUGCUGAAGAUCGCUGCCUCUUUUGCUGUAUGCAUGCUUACCAAUGUUAUACAUAUGCCUUGCACACAAAGUUUAAUCGGUCUAGAAAUAACUUUGCUGAUAAAUGUCAUAUAAAGUAUAUAAUAUCAACCAAAAAGAAAUAACAGGAUUCCUUUUGUUUUAAAUGUGUAACUUGCACUGUUAUCCACAUUCUUGUAGUAGGCAAAGUAUUGUGGCCUUCAUGAACUUGCACUAGACUAGAUUAAUGCAAUUAAUUGGUUUGUUUUUGUGCUUUAGUGCAAAUAAUUCCAGCCUCAUAAUGUACACACAAGGACCUUAAGUAGUAAUUUUUUUCCAUGCAUUCUAAGGCUGUGUUCACACAAUAUACUUUGCUCAGUAUCUUUAAUCAUAACAAGGAGUGGGACUAACACAGAAAAAGAUAUACAUUUUCUAUUAUAGUUUUUCCCUGUGUUGGUUCCACUCCUGGUUUUGGUUAAAAAUUCUGACCAAGAUAUGUGUGGUUGAAAUGAGAAAAGGAAGUCGAUACUUUCUGUUUUUAGUUUUAUAAAUAUACAGUCUUUUUCACUUUUAAUGGGCAAUGUCAGUAUCAAAAACUUUUAAAUGUUGUACAUCUUGGCAAAACAUUAAUGGUGAACAAUUGUGCACAAAAAAUAUUCCCUACCAAAAGAUAGUGGCUAAGUUUUAGAUCUCCCACACUCCCCGGGAACAGAGCGUAUCAACUCUCACACAAAUCUGCAGCCAACAAGCCCCCUCCAUGUAUCUCUAUGGGAGAGCUGAAGCCAUUUUGGCCAUCACUUCAUGCGGGGGACAAUACGCCCUGUUCCCGGGCAGAAUGGGUGUUCCAUGAAGGAGAUCAAGGGGGGGGGGGUUCCAUUGGUCAGAUCACCCGUGAUCUAAAACCUAUCCCCUAUCCUUUGGAUAGGGAAUACACUUGUGCACGAUAGUUCUCCUUUAACCUUUCUUAUAUUCUUCAUAAAAAGUUUUAGCCAUUAUAACAAAUCAUAACCAUUAGGGGUCCCCAAACCAUCCAGAAUAUGAUUCUGUUCGGCUGCUGCAUCUUCUUUGUCCCAGCUGAAGGACAGGCAGGGAUAAAAUGAGGAAGUAAGAGUGGGAUUAGUACUUCCCUAUGCUCACUCCUGUCCUGUCUAUCCUUUCUGACAACAGAGUAGAGGGGGUUACAAAUCAGCCUGCAGUGAUUGGAUAAAGAGCACAGCACAGCAGACUCAGAGAGGAAGUUAAUGCAUGGUGAAUAAUGGUUGGCUCAGUGCUUGCCUUAGACAUGCCCCUUCCUGAGAAGUGCAUGUCAGAAUGAGUGAGUAGCAGAACAGAGGGAUUUAUGAGCCAAAUAAAGAAGCUUGACGCAUAAAAAAGACACGUGAAGCAUUUGCAUGACCUGGUGAGUAACAAAUAUAAGCAUUAGUGAUAUGACAGGUACCCAUUAGUAAUGCAUACGAUUUACAUAAAUACAUUUUGUGCAUAUUAAACCGGCAUUUCCUGAGCAACUAGUGUAUAAAUUUGUAAAUUAUCACAUUUAUAUUAACAACCAUAACAAAUAUGGAUGCAUUUGAUGUAUGCAAAAAAAAAACUUAGAUUCUAUAGGUCUUUGUUAAUAAUUCUACUCUACAGUGAAGGAAAAAAAUAUUUGGAACUCUGUCAGAAGGUGCUGCCGUUGGGCUUGGUCUGCAGCCCUUCCCUAAUUUGAUUUAUGACCAAAUCAAAGGUCAGUUUAGUUAUGGUCAAAAAUCAGCUUAGAAGUGUGUUCAGGAAAGGAAAUAGAUGAGCUGGAGAAAAAACUAACAGUCAACUGUUCUUACAGAUUUAUUCUAAAAUAGAGAGAGCAAUGUGUACUAUAUGUGAAAACAUGCAAGGUGCAAAAGAGAAAUAAAGUAGAAUAUUAAUAAAGACCUAUGGUAAAAAAUGUAAACCAUAACUACAAAGCAACAAUUAAAAAAUUAAAAAAACUAAAUUACAUUCAAAAGUUUCCAUACCCUUCAAAAAAAAUCCUGCAAACUCUACUUUUUGAAAGGCCCUAAAAAACAUCUGAACGAUUGUUUAAAAUGUAAAAAAAACAACUUAAAGGGGUUGUCCCACUUCGCUACUUCUUUGUUUCUGGCUCCUUCAGCCUGUUGACUUUCAUUUGAAUACAUUACGAGGUUAUGUUCACAUCUGAAAAGUAGCCUAAACUCAGGGUAUAUGUUAACAUACUGUAAGUACUGUAUUGUUGACGUAUACAGCAGCAUACCCAUGCCAAAGUUUGUGUUUGAUUCUUUUCCGAGCAUACACUGUUAUUUUGCGUUUCAAAGGUGCUGCAGCCUUCUUCCUCAGGUCCUUUGGACACUGUGGUGAGCACCAAUCCAAAGCAUCUCUUCUUCUGCUCCGAGCUUUGGUUGAUGCUGGCUGCCCCUUUAUGCUUAGUCAAUGAUUGAUCAACAGGUACUAUAUGGUGUUGUACCCUCAGUACAAUACCUUUCAGUGAGCAUACUACCUGCUCUUCGUGUGGCUAUUACACUAAUUUAGUAUAUGUUGGCAUACCGUUUUGCCUCCAAUGUAGGCUGCCUUUUAAAUGUGAAUGAAGGCUAACUGUUCAAAUAAAAUAUUGUCUUUUUGUUGUAUACAAAACUCUGUUAUGAAUGGAGAUACUGUAAGCUUACACCACUUUGUAUUGUAUAUUUGUUAUGUGUCUAUAAUUAAAUAUGAAAAGACAAUUGAUGAAAAUAUUUAUAGCCAAAUGUUAUGUGCAAUAAUACAAACUGAGGUCACUGUUUUGCUAAAUAAUGGAGCAUGCUUGAGUAGUUUAUAGACAAAAUAAUCUAUUCCUCUUUUUUUCUAAAACCUUUUUACAAUUUCAUAGUCCUAACCUAAUUCGAAACUAGACGUUACAGCUACGACCCAUACAUUUUUAGCUGGAUACAUUAAUGGGGUUUGUUGGGGGGUUCAUUUGGGGUUCUGGUACUUUUUUUAUGGCAAGAGUAGAGCUGCAGACUGCUCUAGUCUUCCCGAUGGACUUUAUUUAUGCUAAUGUGCAUAAAGCCUUACACACAUUACUAGUGUUUGCCUUAAUUAAAGUUUAACUCCAAUUAUGGUCUGGAGGCAAGAUCUUUGUUUAAAUCUCCUGCCAACUUUCUAGCCCAAGACUUGUCCAAGAAAAAAGCUGUCAGGAUAUUGAUCUUGCAAAUCCAUAUCCUGGUUGCUUUUGUCUCAGCCAUUUCUCAGGCUACAAAGUUGCUUUGGGACUUAAAGAACAAGUCUCAUGCCCAGCAUUACAGAAAAACAUAUCCCCUGUAUGCAGGAUAGGGGAUAAGUUUUAGAUUGCAGGGGGUCCGAGCAAUGUGGUCCCCUGCGAUUGUCUGUACAGAGCCCCAGCUCUCCCACAGAGUGGUGCAUCACGACCCCUGGCCGAAGUGGGGGCCGCCAUGCCCCCUCCAUAUAUCUCUAUGGGAGAGCCGAAGAUUGCAUAUAUGGAGUGGGCGUGGUGGCACCCGAUUCGCCCAGGGUUCAUGACGCGCCACUCUGUACAGACGAUCCUGCGGAUAGGGGAUGAGUUUUUCUGCCAUCAGACACUCAUUGACGUUACACUUUAAAUGUUACCUUUUUUUUGCAUUUGUUCUUAUAAUUAAUUUUACAAUAUUUGAAAUUAUGUAUUCCUUGCAUGACAUUAACAUUUACCACUAAUUGACUCACAGUGUAAAUAGAUAAAAAGAACUAAUACAGCUAAUAGAAUAGGAUAUUAGGAUAUAUUAAAGUUUGUAUAUUAAUACACAAGAUUUUACUCUAAACGGUGUUAACAUUGCAAUUUUGAAAUGAAACAGGUCUUGUUACUGAAUGUAAAAAUCAAUGUGCAAUACAUUGUAAG